CGAAGCUUCUUAGAAAUAAUCUCAUUAUUAUUCUAAUAGUAACUUGUUUUAAUUUCAAAACAAGAACUUGUUCUCAUAUAUCUCACUUCACAAUAACCUCUGAAACCCUUUGCUGUUUUCUUUCUGGUUUGAAGCUAAGAGACAUCCUUUCUGAUCUACUGCAACAUGGCAGCAAAUAUUAGGUGUGCACUUCUUCGAUGUAGCGUUCUUGUUCGUACUAAGGCGGAACAGAUGGUGUCCGAGGAAGUUAAUGAAAAACAAUAUGUAUUGAAUAAGAUUCGCGAAGUCUUUAAGGAUGUUGGAAAAGAAAUGUAUAGGUUGGUUUCAAAUCGACAUCUUGUGCGACUAAAAGUUGAAGCAACUGAUCGUAAAACUGAUAAGGUCAGUGAUGAUGUUUUUGUGUGGCUAAAAGAAACAGACAUAGUCAUACAAGAGGUGGAGAAUGUCACAUUACAAGCAAGAAGAACACAGCAAUGGAAUCCGCUUAUAAAAUUGCUGAAAAAAAUAACAACACUCAAUAUGAAAAGCGAGUUUGAACCGUUUUCAAUUCCGAUUCCAAGUUUAGAGCACUUCUCUUCAGGAAAUAUUGUUUGUUUUAAGUCUAGAGAAAAGGCUUCAGAUCAACUUUUAGCGGCCUUGCAAGACGAUAAUUGUUCGAUGAUUGGAUUAUACGGAAGGCAGGGAUCCGGUAAAACAACAUUGGUGAAAGCAGUGGGCGAGAAAGGUAAGUUUUUAAAGAUUUUUGAUGAAGUUUUAUUUGCCACAGUGUCCCAAAAUGCAAAUAUCAAAACGAUGCAAGAGGAAAUUGCUGAUUCGUUGGAUAUAAGCUUUGAUAAAAACAGUGAAGCCGGAAGAGCAAGAAGAAUAUUCUCCACAAUAGAAAGUAUGAAUCGUCCAAUUCUAGUUAUUUUUGAUGAUGUUCAAGUGAAAUUUGAUCCAGAGGAUGUAGGUAUUCCUUGUAAUAGUAAUCUAUGCAAGAUCCUUUUGACUACACGUGAUCGGGAAGAUUGUGAUAAGAUGUACUCUCAAAGAAAUAUUCAACUUGAUUCCUUAUCUAAAGAAGAAGCUUGGACUUUGUUUGAAAAACAUUCGGGCAUUCAUGACGAGGAGUGCUCCUCCUCGUUCGACUUAUUGAAUGUCGCACAUGAAGUUGCUUUUGAGUGUGAAGGGAUGCCUAAAUUGAUUAAAGAUGUGGCAUCUUCUUUAAGAAGUAAAUCAAUUGAUGAAUGGAAAGCAUCGCUAGAGAGUCUUAAACAUUCAAUGGCCAAAUGGCAAAUUUUUCUUAGUUUUAGAGGAGAAGAUACGCGCUACUCUUUUACAGGUUCUCUUUCUCAAGCUUUAUGUCAAGGGGGAUUCAAGACCUUUAUGGAUGAUGGAGGAUUGCAAACUGGAGACCAAAUUUCACCAUCUCUUCUAAAUGCCAUUGAAGCAUCCAGACUUUCGAUUAUUGUCUUAUCUGAAAACUAUGCAAAUUCCACAUGGUGUCUUGAUGAACUUGUCAAGAUUCUCGAGUGCAAGAAAUUGAAGAAUCAAUUGGUUUGGCCAAUAUUUUACAAAGUGGAUCCAUCUGAUAUCAGACAUAUGAGAAAAUGUUUUGGAAAAGACAUGGCUCGACAUGAAAAUAUAUUUGGAAUUGAUUCUGAGAGAGUGCAAAAAUGGAAGUCAGCUUUAAGUGAAGUGUGCAAUUUGUCUGGAAAAGCUUAUACAACUGGGUACGAAUAUGAAUUUAUUCAAAAGAUUGUAGAAGAUGCCAAUCACAUUAGAAGUCGUUUGCAUAUACGAAACAUAUAGAUAUGUGCCAAUCAUGUUAAAACACCAUUUUGUUUGGCAAUGGUUUCUUAUAUGAAAAAAAUAUGUGGAAAUAUAUUAGUAGUUGAAAAUAAUUUGAUGUAGGAAGGCUUUAAGCCAUCUGAAUUUGUUUUAUUCCAAAAAUAGAAUUUUA